AUGUCGAUAAUCAUCACCGUCGCCUUNACUACAACAACAGCAACAACUACAAAAACAACAAAUACUACAACAACAGCAACAACUACAAAAACAACAAAUACUACAACAACAGCAACAACUACAAAAACAACAACAGCAACAACAACAACAGAAACAACCACAACAACGACAACAACAACAACAACAACCACAACAAUGACAACAACAACAACAGAAACAACUACAACCACAACUACAACAGAAACAACAACCACAACCACAACAACAACAACAACAGAAACAACCACAACAACGACAACAACAACAACCACAACCACAACAAUGACAACAACAACAACAACAACAACAGAAACAACAACAACAACAACAACAACAACUACAACAACAACAACAACAACAACAACAACAACAACAACAACAGCUACAACACCUAGAACGUCGACUACUACUAUCAGUAAGUAA